CCCUUGCACCGGCAGUCAGACCGGUCUGCAGAAGGAUAAACCAUUACAUAAGUACUCGACUUCUCUUGGACAUCAUAUCAGCACGAAGCAUACCAUGGAAUCGAUGAUGGGAUCACCUCAGACAUGAGAUCACCACCAUGACGGUAUGAUGAAACACGAGAUGGACUUUAGUGCUGUGUGAAUGGACCCACUUGGCGAGAUCAGAACUCUACACCUUUUGGAGGAGCAGGCAGAAUUUUGAUGGUAGUACCAACAAAUUACCAGUUCGAUUUGGUGAAGCAUCAGCACUAGUACGUAAUUGCCCCGAAGUCGUAUGACAAUCGUUUUUGCGGAGCUCCCAGUCUAUUAACUGUUUUUUUUUCUUCUUCUUCAACGUUGUCUGGCCCGAGUCGCUCUCCGUAUGUUGUGAUGUCAACGCUAACAGUGGUAGCUGUUGAGGGUGCAGCUGUGUCGAUGCACGCCGACCCCAACGACGAGCGAAGCUCCGUCCGCUUCGACUCGCAGUGCGUCGUCAUUCCGGAACUCAGUCCUCGUUCACGACGGCCCCGCCUCGUCACCAAAACCUACUCGGUGCCCUUGUGGAAGCGGCGGGGCUCUACAUCCGGCUCUUCGGGCCCAGACUCAUCUCGCCAGCCUGCUUGUCCGGAGGUUGAUAAGCAUGUCGUACUCAAACUUUCACUUCCACGACUCCAGACGAGGAUGCAGUCGCCUACGAGAUGCACUGAUUCAAUGCCUCUUACUCCAUGCUUGGUACAUCGCUCCGUCUCAGUUGGCGCAACUGUUGUCCCUGGGUCUCCAUCCACAAGUCGACGCACACGAAGUAAAUCACCAACCUCACCCAUGCGGACAGAUCUAAUUACAGUACCACUUCGACCAUGUUGUGCGGCGUGUCAGGAAGUCACGGAUGCAGCACGUUCACAGGGAGACACAUGGACCGAACGUUUUUCACCCGCUGCAUACUAUCGUCGGUGUCACAGUACGGAUAGUCAGCCCCGCACGAUCACAGUAGCUGGCAGUGCUGCUUCCGCAUUCUAUGGUUCUCUCGCUCGCGACAUCCCAAUUAGUGUGGAUGAGGUUGACAAGCGUCGCCGAUCAAUUGACGGCGCCUCUAUCACCAGCUCGAACGUGCCAGGAGAUACUAGUGCAUCCGUGGAGAAGCCGCUUCCUGUUGCACCAGACUCACCCUCAAGUGCUCAUGGGCGUCCUCGUUUGUCCCCGAUUCGAGUACCGCAAUUAGCUACUUAUCAGAUAUCAGAAGAGGUUGAUGAUAACGACGAAGAGGAUCAACUUUUUCCUCUCCCGUCUCCGAGGCGUUCGCCGUGCUCUUCUGCUACUCCAAGCCCCUCUGCUUCCUUAUCCUCUUUACAAGCCGGACAAGUUGGCCGGGGCCAGAACUUAACGAACAGUUCUUCGCCAUCAAACUCGGCAGAAUCGUCCACUCAUGGUCAAUAUCUUUGUCCCCCUGCAGCCUCAUCGUCCUUGCUAAGCCUUCCAAAGGCAUUGGCGUCUAGUAUCUCCUUGACAGAUGACCCUCCCCGUGCGCCGUCACCAGACCUCCUCGCCUCUCUACCACCAUUAUCCAAUCGUCAAAGGAACCGGGAAAUAACCCCUCAGAUCCCUCGGUCUACGUCACCAGAAAGCAUGUGCCCCGUGAAGGCACCCCAACUUAACACAUCAAGCUCGCUUUUACCCUCUACGCCAAAGAAGGUCCCGUCCGCUUCCACCGUAUCACCCCCGGCUUCGCCGGUUUUGUCCACGUCACCGCACUCAAGGAGACUUCUCAGGUCAUUUUCUGGGAGUUCCCCACGGCAACUCAUUGCAGAUGUCAUUCGAGGUGUUAGCGCAUUUGGAACGGGUGGGGGUGGGCUCAACGUGCAAAUGUGAACCAUUUCUGGAUGUGCUUCGGAUCUCGUCUGCGUCCUGUGAUUUUCCUGGCUCGCGACGUCCAAUAUCACCUUCGUUUGUACAUCUUUCCCUGCUUUUCACUUAUCCACUUUCUCCAUCAGUCAUACCCUACUGAGUGUACCAAGCGUAAUUACUGACAAGUUAAUCUUUGUUACUCUGUUGUCAUCGCGCUUUAGCUUGUAGUUCUUUCCUUAUACCCGCUGACCGCAACACAAUUCUUCGUAUGACUGCUACGAAUAUGCAUCUUUUAGUCAUGAAUUCAUAGCAUCCGGAGGCAUCUUUUGGGUUGC